AUGGCCCACGCCAGCGGCGCCAACCUCUCGCGUCCGGCGCCCCCUGUCCGUGCGCCCCUCGCCGAGUCGCCCCUCCCCGCCCCCAGGCCCCGCCCGCGCCGUGCGCAUCCCCCUCCCCUCCCUCCAACCCGCAUCCCCGCCGGCUUCUCGGACAUGCUGGCGGACCUGGGGAAGAUGAUCUCCGCGGAUCCCGCGGGUGGGCAAUCGGGCGAGCCGCAGCGCGAUGCGGCGCCGUCUUUCGAGGACAACGCGCCGUCGUGGGAGGAGUUGGCGGGCAUGGUGGCGGCGCGGCGCAGGGAGUUGGAUGUGCCUGAGGUGGAUUUGGAGACGGGGCCGCCCAACCCGAUGGCCAUGAGGCGGAUGUUCGGGCAGGAGGGGCCGCCCCGGAUCAAGCUGUACAGAGACCAUGCCGCGUGGUGCCCAUAUUGCCAGAAGGUUUGGAUGCAGCUUGAGGAGAAGAGGAUACCUUAUGUGCUUGAGAAGAUCAACAUGCGGUGCUACGGAGAGAAGCCAGAGUCCUUCCUGCGUAUAACGUCAGCAGGACUGCUGCCAGUGAUGGAGUUCGAUGGGAAGGUGGUCACAGAGUCGAUCGAAAUCGCCAAGCUCCUGGAGCGCGAAUUCCCUGAAACACCACUACUCCCCCCUGAAGGAUCUGACCGACAAAAGGUCAAUGCCCUCCUCCGACUGGAGAGGAAAAUCUUCUCUGCUUGGUGCCAGUUCCUGUGCAACAACUGGGGCCAAGCGGGCCUCAGACGACAGUUCGAGUCGACCCUGGAUGAGGUAGAAGCUGCCCUCAAAUCUUCUGGUGGCCCUUAUUUCCUUGGCGCUGACUUCAGUUUGGUGGACGUCACCUUUGCGCCUUUCCUUGAGAGGAUGGCCGCCUCACUGGCGUAUUACAAGGGACUGAAGAUGCGUGGCACGGGGCAGUGGCCGGCGCUGGAGCGUUGGUUUGACGAGAUGGAGACCAGGCCAGCGUACCUGGCUACCAGGUCGGACUACUACACCCACGCCCACGCGCUGCCACCCCAGCUUGGCGGCUGCACCAUGAUCAAGGAGGGCGAGCCCGUGGCGGCGGCCGUGGACGGCGGCGCCUGGCGCCUGCCCCUGCCCCCCCUCUCCUCCACCUCCUCCCCCGAGCCCUACUCCCCGGGUGACGAUCCCUCCCUCGAUCGCCUCGAGGCCGCCGCCCGCCUGGUCGGCAACCACGCCGACGUGAUUCGAUUCGGGAUGCGGGCCACCGGGGAGCCUGGAGAUGUCCCCGUAUGGGCGCCAUUGGCAGAUCCAUCGGCCAGGCCAGGGGAGUGGGGAAGGGAUAGAGUGGAUGCUGGUUUUCGCCAUGUGGCCCACGCCCUGCUGGUGGGCGUGGAGGAGAAGCAGGCGUCGGGGGCGGCGCUGAGGCUGGCGGACGGGCCGGGCAGCGCGGAGGGCCUGGCGCCGGUGUACGCGGCGAUGUACGUGCGCGACCGCGUGGGGGUGCCCAGGGACCUAAGGUUCCCGGCGGCCAGGCAGCUGCGCGCCCACUUCAAUUGGCUAAUCGACAGCCUGUGCGCGUGA